AUGGAACACAUGCCUGAUGUGACACACCGUCUAUGUGCUUGGCAUCUCAAUACAAAUGCUUCCAAAAAGGUUAAAGAUCCGAUCUUCUUGAAAAUAUUUAAAGAUCUAAUGUACAACUACUACGAGGAGGAGGAUUUCGAAGCAAGAUGGUUAGACGUCGUCGAAACCCAACAACUAACAGAUAAUGAAUGGUGCCAAACAACAUUCGACACAAGAAAACAGUGGGCAGAAACUUAUUUAAGGGGUUCAUUCGUUGCAGGAAUGAGAACCACACAACGUUGCGAAUCGAUCAACUCGGCCCUAAAAAAAUUUUUAGAGAAGAAUUAUUGCUUGCGUGAGUUCGUCACAACCAUAGAUAUGACAGUCUCAAAGCUCAGACACAACGAGACUGCAAAUGACUUCAAAAGCAGAUGCACUCGACCUCACCCACCUAAUCCUACAUGCUUGACCACGUACUACAACCAAUGUGCUGAAUUCUACACAAGAACUAUGUACCACAAGGUUGCUGAGCAGCUUGAUUUAGAGAAUAAUUAUUUUGUCAUAAGUGAGGAGCAAGAAGGAGAGUGGCAGAUAUACACCAUUGGAAAGUUUCAGCAUCCGGAGGUCCGAUACCGAGUUCAUUACUGUGAAGGCCAACGAGCACUACACUGUAGCUGCAUGCUAUAUGAAAGUCAGGGGUACCCUUGUAGACAUUUAUGGGCUACAAUGAAAAGAUUAAACAUCAGAAGAAUACCUAAUACUCUUCUCAUGAAGCGAUGGAGCAAAUCCGCGAAGACAAAUCUCCACCUACAUUUUAACCCCCCGGCCCAAGAACAACAACACAUUUAUGAGAUGGCUAGGUUUGGAUCUCUCAGCUCAUUAACUUAUAACUUCACUUUCUAUGCGGCAAAAACGAGAGGAUUCGUACACGCGUGCAAAGGAAGAGAUUGA